AGGAGGCCCGUGCUGCAAUUUCCAGUCUGUUUCCGUCCUCCCUGAGCUCAUCACCCUCUUCCUCCUCCUCUUCCUCCUCCUCCUCCAAGGAGGGAGGUGGCCGAGGCUCCAGCUCUUGCUGCUGGGUGGGUGGAUUCCCUCCUCAGCCGAAGGAAAGGGAGGGGGAGCAUCUGCUGAUGGUUUGCUGGGAAGCAGCCUUGGUGGAGGGGGAAAUGGAUCCAGAUCGCCCCUCCCUCACCUUUCAGCUCUCUUCUUGGCUUCACUCUGCCUCCAGCUUGUUUACCUUUGCUCUUUGCACUGAAUCCUGAGCCGCUGGUUGCAAUGCCUGCCUUGCUUCACUUGCUGUAAUCCCUGCAAUCCAUUGCAUCAGCAAGAAACUGAAUCUCCCUGCCUGCAAUCAAGCUCAUCAGUGAGCAGCUCUGUCUGUCUGCCUGCCUGCCUGUCUGCCUUGUCCCUUCAAUUGGUCUCUUUCUAGUGGAAGACACAGGAGCAGUAGUGGGUUCCACUUACCUUCACUACCGGUUUGGAACUGUGAGCGUGCGUGCCUCUUCUGCGCAUGCGCAGAACCUUCUGCGCAUGCACAGAGCAUCCAUGAUGACGCCUGGGUGGGUGGGCGGAGCCUCCCACUGUCGCCACUACCAGUUUGCCUGAACCAGGGCAAACCGGUAGAACUCCACCAUUGCACAGCAGGACUGCCCAAGGAGCUAAUGAGAAGGUGUAAUGUCACCUUGUAGAUGCCACAACAUGUUGGAUGGAAAGAAAUAAAAAAAAAUGGAUAUUUCAAUUUGAAAAAGGAUUCUCACACACAGAUUCGCAAUUGCAAACAGCCAUGUCCAAAAAAGGGCGCAGCAAGGCUGAAAAGCCUGAAGUUCUGAUUAUGUCCUUACAAGCAGCCAAUGAAGAUCUCAGGACUAAGCUGACGGAUAUUCAAAUUGAGCUUCAUCAAGAGAAGUCUAAAGUGAACAAACUUGAAAGGGAAAAAAUCCAAGAAACAAAACGGAUCCGGGAAUUAGAACAGCGCAAACAGACAGUGCAGAUCACUGAACUCAAAGCUAAACUCCAUGAGGAGAAGAUGAAGGAGCUACAAGCUGUCCGGGAAAACCUUAUCAAACAGCAUGAGCAAGAAAUGUCACGGACGAUGAAAAUCAGAGACAGUGAAAUCCAGAGACUCAAGUCAGCACUGUAUGCAUUGCGGGAAGGGAGUAGCGAUAAAGUACGGACAGCCCUGAGCAUUGAGGCUCGUGAAGAGGCCAGGAAACAAUUUGACUCUGAGCGCCUUAAACUUUUGCAAGAAAUUACUGAACUGAAGUCUGCCAAGAAGCAGGUGGAUGAAGCGCUAAAUAAUAUGAUCCAAGCUGAUAAGAUUAAAGCCGGAGACCUCCGGAGUGAGCAUCAGUCCCACCAGGAGGCAAUCUCUAAGAUCAAGUGGGAGAGUGAGAGGGACAUUCGCAGACUGAUGGAUGAGAUCAAAGCAAAAGACAGAACUAUCUUUUCUUUGGAGAAAGAGCUGGAGACCCUGACAGGAUAUGUUCAGAAGCUUCAGCUACAGAAAGAAGCAUUGGAUGAACAACUGUUUUUGGUUAAGGAAGCUGAAUGCAACAUGAGCAGUCCCAAAAGAGAGAUCCCUGGCAGAGCAGGAGAUGGCUCGGAACACUGCAGUAGUCCUGAUCUACGUAGAAAUCAGAAGAGAAUGGCAGAACUCAAUGCUACUAUUCGGAAGCUUGAGGAUAGGAACACUCUGCUUGUGGAUGAACGUAAUGAAUUGUUGAAACGUGUUCGAGAAGCUGAAAAACAAUGCAAACCUCUUCUGGAAAGAAAUAAGUGCCUCUCUAAAAGAAAUGAUGAACUCAUGCAGUCGUUGCAGCGCAUGGAGGAGAAACUUAAAGCAAUCACUAAGGAAAAUUUAGAGAUGAAAGAAAAGAUGGUAUCACAUCCUCCUCUGAAGAAAUUAAAAUCGCUCAAUGAUCUUGAUCAAGCAAAUGAAGAACAAGAAACCGAAUUUUUGAAGCUCCAAGUUAUAGAACAACAAAACAUAAUUGAUGAGCUGACAAGAGAUAGAGAGAAACUUAUUCGACGGAGGAAGCAUAAAAGAAGUUCAAAGCCAAUUAAGAGGCAUGUUCUGGACACAGUUUAUGGGGGUGAUGAUGACUCUAUGGACUCUGAGACAUCAUCCAUGGCUUCAUUCAGGACAGACAGAACACCAGCAACACCAGAUGAAGAUCUAGAUGAAAGUUUAGCAGCUGAAGAAUCAGAGUUGCGAUUUAGACAAUUAACAAAAGAAUAUCAGGCCCUACAGAGAGCCUAUGCGUUACUGCAAGAGCAAACUGGGGGUAUAAUAGAUGCAGAAAGAGAAGCCAAGGCACAGGAGCAACUCCAAGCCGAAGUCCAGAGAUAUAGAGCAAAAAUAGAAGAUCUUGAAAAAACAUUGGCCCAGAAAGGACAGGACUCACACUGGGUAGAAGAUAAACAACUUUUUAUUAAGAGGAAUCAAGAGCUUUUGGAUAAGAUAGAAAAAUUGGAAGUAGAGAACAAUCGACUGCAACAGGAGCUGCAGGAUGCCAGAGAUCAGAAUGAACUCUUGGAAUUUCGAAAUCUAGAACUUGAAGAAAGAGAAAGAAGAUCUCCACCUUUUAAUCUACAAAUCCAUCCAUUCUCUGAUGGUGUAAGCGCUCUACAAAUCUACUGUAUGAAAGAAGGUGUCAAGGAUGUUAGCAUUCCAGACCUUAUAAAGCAGUUAGACAUCUUGGGUGACAAUGGGAAUUUGAGAAAUGAAGAGCAAGUGGCUAUAAUUCAAGCCAGUACUGUCUUAUCUCUUGCAGAAAAGUGGAUACAGCAGAUUGAGGGGGCUGAAGCAGCUCUGCACCAGAAGAUGAUGGAAUUGGAAAGUGACAUGGAGCAGUUCUGUAAAAUAAAAGGUUAUCUGGAAGAAGAACUGGACUAUAGGAAACAAGCUCUCGAUCAAGCCUAUAUGAGAAUCCAGGAGCUUGAGGCUACGCUUUACAAUGCUUUGCAACAAGAAACAGUGAUAAAGUUUGGAGAACUGCUGAGUGAAAAGCAGCAGGAAGAACUUCGAACUGCUGUAGAGAAACUGAGAAGGCAAAUGCUGAGAAAAAGCAGAGAAUAUGACUGUCAGAUCCUCCAAGAGAGAAUGGAAUUGCUUCAACAGGCACAUCAGAGGAUCCGAGACUUAGAAGAUAAAACAGACAUCCAGAAGAGGCAGAUAAAGGAUUUGGAAGAAAAGUUUCUGUUUCUGUUCUUGUUCUUCUCUCUUGCCUUUAUUCUUUGGCCUUGAUGUCAAUGUGCCUCUUGGAAGACUGAUCACCAACACAGAAAAGUCCUGAGAGGGCAGAUGCUUCCAAACCCACAAAAAAAAAAAAACCAACAACCCACUGUUUACAACUACUUUAAAACAAAGCAACUCUCUGCAAUCAAGACCACUCCCACCAAGCAGUUUAAAGCCAUUAUUCAAGAUUUGUUACUUAACAGUUCCUGUCUAAAGCUACAAUAUCAGCUGCACUUAAGGAAAUUCUGCGAGGAGGGAGAGACUAUCCCAGCAGCAUACAUCACUGGGUUUAUUUAAAAAAAAAAAAAAUCAGCAAGAAGCCACAUUCAGCAGAUUGAGUAAUAGUAUGUCAGGCAAGGAACCAAAGUGACUACAGACUAUCAAUCCCUGCUGUGCAGGGGGAUUAUUUUAAACAUAAAACAUCAAUUUCCCAUGAAAGUCUUCAAUAAUUGAGGGGACAAAGUAUUUAGAGUUCUAAGAGGACCAUUAUGAUAAUAUCCAUUUGGAAAAAAAAAUUGGCUUUCUUAAUACAGGGACACUUUUUUUCUGUUUUUAAACUCAGGAACAAUGACAGCUGCAAUGUGAACAAAAGACUCUUGUUUUUGUUUCAAACUGGGUGGACAACAGGAUCGAUAUAAUUGACAUUAACCUACUGCUGCCUGCUAGAUCAAGGAUGAUCAGGCCUAGUGAGAGUGGCUGACAGUGCUUGUGAGGACCCAUGCUGUAGUCUUAUGAAAACCGUCCAUGAAGAACUGUGUGCUAGAAAUGUAUGUUACAUUUUUCAAACGAAAAACUCUUCCGAGAAUGCCACACUAAUUUAACUAGCUGCUUAAUAUCUAUUCAGGAACUGGGAUAGAAGGGUAAGAAACAAUGGCGUCUGAGAAGAAGCAAACACCUUUAGUGAGACUUCAGCUUCACAAAAUUUCAUCCUUGAAUUCAUUCAGCAGUUAAUGUACUAAUGAAAUAAGCGUUUUGUUUUCCCUCAUCGUGUUUAUUUUCUUCACUGGCUGCAAGAAUCAUAAUGGGGACACCUCUUAAUUAGCAACCCUGCACAGUAAAAAUGCAAAUUUAUUUUGUGAGAAUAGGUCUGAAAUUAGCAUUAAGGUCUACCUGAAUGCAGCAAUUCUUUUCUAGGUGACAAGGUGUUACAUUCAAUUUUGAUCGUUUUCUUUGUGGAAGUAUCUCUUGGUCAUGCAAAUGCUCAUCUGAAAUCACUGGCUUGUAUUUGGGGGUGGAGGAGGAAGUCCCAUGCAUUCAAGGCAAUCAGGUCACUGCACUUAAGGCAGCAAGAGAGCUUAGUGGAGAUUAGUAUCCCACCAAUUCUGCUCCUAAAAAUCCUCACUGCCCAAUUUUUCCAUUUGUACUCUCCUCUUAGGCUACCACAUCUGGGCUGUAAAAAUCCAAAUGACCAAUUAGAUGGCAACAAAGAGUCUUCUGCAUUUCUUUGCUUGGAUUUCUUCUUUUUUCUUUUGUUAUCUACAGCCCAGAUAUGGUAGACUUAUUUAUUCCCCCUAUAGAUAAUAAGGGUUGAAUGGUCACCCAUGAACCUGCAUAAUUUAAUUGCAUUUAAAAAUAAAAGAACGAAUCUUACUUUUCUUCUGGAUGUUUGUUCCUGAACUCAUAUCAAUAACAAUAGCAUUUAUCUUUAAAGAUGUACUUUAUGUGCUGCUUAGCACUCAAAAUCAAUCUGAACAUCUAACAAAAACUCUUCCAAUCCAAGAUUGGAAUGCCUAAAACUUUGAGCAUCUACUGCUUGGUCACCAUCAUGCCUAAUUUGAUAAUCCAAGCACAUUACUUAGCCCUAUAUUCACAUACCUGGCCGCAUAUCUGUUCUUUAAAAAUCCAUCUGUUCCUAGUACUUGCUUGGGUCACAGGUAGUUUGGUGGACUUUGCCUCUGAGAAAUCAUUAGAGGGUCAGGCAAACCUUGGAAAUAUUUAUCUACGGGACCCUUUCAGAUUUUAGAUUUUAAGGUAAUGAUAUAGGCCACACAAUUAGUAUUUAGCCACCCAGGAAAAGGCUUGUUAUUUAUCACACAAUAGUGGUAAUAGCAGACCUGGACUACUAAAUGCAGUCUCAUGGUCUGUUCUUUCUCAAGUACAGUUCUGAGUUGAGUCUGUGUAAUCAGUUUUGUUCUAUCAACCAAAGAACAUAUCAGGUUGGUUUCUAAAAUUUGUCCUCAUUCCAAAGGGAGACAAGGAUUCAGCCCUUAUAGUCGAUCAGUUGGUAUGUUGAAGAUUUUGAUACAUAUUAUAUGUCUCAAAGUAUAUAUUUCAUAUACUUUGAUAAAUUUACAUCACAUAAUUCCAAAAUCUUACUUAGACCCAAACUUUCUUCCUUUCAGACUUUCAUUGAAUAAGACUACUAAAACAAAAAGCAGAAUAAAGAGAAAAGAGGUACAUGUCAAACUUUGAAUUGCUUAAUAAUAAAUUACUUUUUGGACUCCAACUUCAAGGAAAAUUCUUCCACAUCUACCAGUCUGCUCUGAACCUAAGCAAGCAACUAGAGCUGGCUGGGAAAUGUCCAGGCAUGAAAUUGUCCUUGUCAGUUGAGAAUACAUUGUAGGUUACACACAGCACACGUGUGUACAAUAGUACUGAAAAGUAAAAUAUCUUCCUUUUCUGAUCUUGUUCCUUGAGGAUUCCCUAAUAUUAAUAUUAAAUGAAAGUUUAUUCAUUCUGCAUUUAUUAUAAUAUACCUUGCAGAAUAUAAUUAGGUUUCCAAAGAGCAACUCUAUAUGAAGCAGUUUAAGAUGAUCUAUUUAUAUAACUUAUUUAUAUAACUUAUCCAGCAAAAUUGAUGAUGUUCCAAAAAAAAAUUUUUUUUCUAUCUAGUAACUGACAUUUUUCAUCUGCCUUUUGUUCUCCAUUGUCAUAUAGUUCCAGUAAAAAAAUUAGGAUGAUGAUGACUUCCAUGGGCCAAAUAUAGUCCGUCUCAAAGGGCUGAGUGUUCUUCGCAUCACAGUGAACUUCAGGAAUAAACCACUUUAAUCCUUUGUAACAUAUGAGCAUAUAGGAAAAUAUGCUGACCUAAAUAUUGUUUUUUGUCUUCCCGCAAAAUGCAUAAAUUCUGUCAGUCAGCACAAGAUUAAGAAAAAGCAUAUGAAGCUUCUCAAGAAUACAAUUGUGCUGUGAUUAACAAAAAUCAUUUACAUCAUCAUCACUUGAAGGCUUUUUCAGGAGAAUUAUAUUUAAUAAUUUUAUCUUUACAUACAUCUGCUAAUAUUUAAAUACUUAUGUUCAUUUCUUUUUUUAUAAUUCCCUAGUCUUUGUCAGGAAAAUCCCAGAAGUUACAGAUGAAAUUCAUGAUGACUGAUAUCUAUACAAAACAGAGAGUAGUAGCAUGCUAUUUGCCACCUGUACCAUUUAGUAUAUGAUUUGGGAUCCUAAUUGCUAGUUAACAUAUUAUUGCUGUAUUUUUGCUGCCAAGGUGGAGGACAGCAAAUUGGUGAAGUUGCCUGCUACAGCCUGGAGGGACCAUAAGCACAUGGACUUGAUAUACCAUUUGUUGCUCUGGUCCAUCUACCAGGAAGUAGAGGAAAGUGAACCAAAUAAACUUAUCCAUGUAGCAAUACCAAUAGCACCUAGACUUAUAUACCGUUUCAUAGUGCUUUAUAACACUUUCUAAGCACUAACAGAGUUAGCAUAUUGCCCCCAACAAUCUGGGUCCUCAUUUUACCAACCUUGGAAGGAUGGAAGGCUGAGUCAACCUUGAGUCUGUCAGGAUCGAACUCCUGGCAGUGGGCAGAUUUAGCCUGCAUUCUAACCACUGCGUCACCACAGCUCUAUCAAAGAGACUAACAUUUGUAGCAGAGUGUUUCCUGCAAUCUGUACAAUCUGUACAUGACAGAGUUGAAAAAUUGCUUUAAAUGGAGUUUUGUUAAUAAAUGAAAAUAGAAAGGAAACCUGCUGAUAAAAAGAACCCUACACUAUUCCUUUUCAUUUUCUUAUCAGAUACAGUAGUGGAACAGAGGCUGUUCUUAUACUGUGUAUGUUAAUGUUCAAGUCCUUUGUGGUUCUAAAAUAACUGAGGAAGAAAUAUUCAGCUUGCAGACUAUUUCCUGUUUUGUAAGAGUGUUAUAGAUUGCCUCAGUCCUGAUACGUGCAACUACAACAGACUGAAAUGAGAUACGCACAGUGAAUUCUUAUGACAGUCUAAAACAGUGCUUCUUAAACUUGCUGUCUGGGGAAUUCUGGGAGUUGAAGUCCACACAGCUUAAAUUUGCCAAGUCUGGGAAACACUGGUUUAGCAUUUUCCCUCUGUAUAGUGCAGUAUGAAACUGAAAUAAAAAUGCAGAUGUAUACACACAUACACAGAUACACAGACAUAGGCAAAGACAUACACAAUGUGAUAUUUAAAAGAAGAAAUAUUCAGGACCCACAUAACACCUUCCAUGAAACUUAGAAUAUAGCAAUAUGAUUUCUUUAUACUACUGGGACUUUGAGCCACAGCAACCAUUUUUCAAACGUCUUGGUUUUCUUAUAAAGAUUAAGUCAUAAAUAAAUACCUAGCUCUAUAUUUCAGUUGUGUUUUCAACGUGAAAAUUUGCUUGUGACCACUAACUGGAUGGAAGUGAUUAUUCUUAAAAGGACCGUGUCAAAAUGCAACUGCAUCCAAAUAUAAACAUAUAACUUUAUUAGGUAAUAACGGCUGAUAUUAUUGAUAUAUUUGCUCUUGUGUAUGCCCACCCCUGUAAAUCUUCUAUUCUGCAAAUAUCAUCAUCAGACAAUGCAGUACGUAAUUUGCCUUUGUCAUUUGACUUCCUCUAUAUGGAGUAACUGAGAUUUCAUCCUUUUAACAUUUCAGAAAAAUAGGUUGUUCAUUUUUGGGCAAGAAAGUUGCUUUGAUAGCAUAUGGCUUGUUGUCUUUUGUCACACUUGUCCCUUGUUGUGUUUUUCUAUUCCCAUGGAAUUUAAUUUCAAUUUCUCCUCUACCCUUUGAAAAGUAUGAAAAGAUGAUAUGGCUUAAGGAAAUGCUAAGGAGCAGUCUUAGCAUACUGAAGGAACUACAAUCUUCUCAGCUCUGCCUUUAGUGUUGCAAUAUGUUCUUUAUAAAUGCAUGUUCAGCCCACAUUCUCUGAUAUGUACAACCAGAUUUUUGAUUAAAGCUGUGGAGGAGGACAGUUAAACCCCAGCUCCAUACAUGAAGGUUUACUAUGGAGAACAUUCAGUGGUCUUCUUGGACCCUGGAGGGGCUUUUUUCCCCCCUCUGCUCAGUGAAACCCAAUCUGUGCCUAAUAUCCACCUCUUGACACUGACUUUCAAACUCUCCAUAAGUCAAAAUUAGUUCCCUUAUAUACAUAUGUAUGUCAAUACAUUAGUAUUUUUGUGUACAUAUAUAUAUAUAUAGUUUUGUGUACAUAAUAGAAUGCUUUUACCUCUUAUAAAACUGUACUUCCAUUUCCAAGAAGGAGUUCGUGGGAUGAAGAAGGUGUUUCAGAGGCAAGAAUCUUCUGGGAAAGGUGAUGGUGAAUUUGCAGUUUCAUCCUAAUGAAAGUGGCCCUAUAGCACCAGCUAGCACAGGAAGCCUUUGUGUGUAUGUAGUUAACCCUACAAGCAUUUGUAACCCACUAGACCCCGCUGGUCAGGCCCACUGGAAGGACCUCCCUGCUGAUUUUUUCCUAAAAUAAAGCCAGAUGGAUUAAAUCAUCACAACUGGCUCCUUGUGUUUUCAAUUUGGCAUUUCACUGACAACCCCACAGUAUUUUCUUUUCAGCAUCAACACCAUGUGGCUUCCAUUGACAUCACCAUUGAGGAAGAUGUCUCAAAUUAGCCUUUUCGAAAGGAAAGGGAGGAGGGGGUACAUUGGAGUGGCAAAUACCCAGCAAAAGAGCCUCAUGUGCAACUCAGCAGUAUUAGUUUUCUCAACACUCACCAUACCAAGCUUUCCCUUUUUGACAUAUGGAAAGGUAAUGCAGCAUAGUUUUCUUGCAAGUGUGGUAACAUUUCCAAUUUCUCAAGGGCAGCGAGCCACCUGUGAACCAAUUGCUCCGGUGAAUCAACAUAGUAUUUUCCUCUGUUAUUUUCUAUUUGGACUCUGCUAACGGACCCCUUUUUAUCUCUCUGAAUUGAAAUUCAGGAAAGUGCUAAUCUAUUUGACUGCAAUUCUACUUUCUCUACUGGAUCUCCUUGUAUAUAACUUCCUUCCUUUUUUUGUGUCUAUACCUCCAGAAGAGAAUUGUAAAUUAUUUGGCAGAACGACUCUUUGAUAAACACUGGGACCCAUGUAUAUGUACUGUAUGUAUUAACGUGUAGAUGAGGAUCCUUACUGUAUGUAAAGUUUUAUGGAUGGUUAUUUUUUAAUUUAUGUAUUUAAUAUAGGGUUCAAUGACCACUGGUGUUUUAGUUUGUAUAAAAAAAAUAAUAAUAAAACUGCAGCAUUUUUUAAAACUUCA